AUGAACUCAGCUUCUUCCGCACCGCACGAUGAGACGGCUGUCGCAUCCGUCGCCAGCCAGGUGGCUUCCAGCUCACGUCUUAUUCCCCAAACCCAGAACGCAGCAACCGCUGGCAUCUCUUGGGCGCAAGAUAAGAGUGUCAAUUAUGCGGCGUCCAGUGCCGCUCAGCACGAUGGAGCCACGAGAUUAUUGCCGUCACUGUCUCACUUGCUCGAGGGAGCUAGUACUUCAUCUCGCCCGCCGCCGAUGUCGACGCUUACUCCGCCUUUGCAUGGAGGCUUAGGCGGUGUAUACACAGACCAUUCUGUCGGCGCCUCGAACCUACAGGUCUUGACACCCAACAGCUGUCUGCGUUCUGCUCUUGACCAACAUGCGACGCGCGGCCAAAUCAGUGACAAUCUUCCAUCGACGUCAGCGUACUCCAAUGAUGCCGUGACCUAUCCAACCCCGAUGGGUUGGCAGAACGAGUUUGGCCACCUCAUGGCACACCCUCAGUACGCAUCGUCCCUUCGAGACGGUGCACAGGCAUCCGACACUCGCAGGGGUCUCCGACCAAUCCAGCGUGGCCAAGGGCACGCGUAUUCGCGUUCGUGCCCGGAAGAGGUCGAGGAAGUACUUGCAGAGUUGGCAUACUCGAGUCACGAAGGCAAAUCAGCGGCAAUCUCUCAACCGACGGCUGGCCCGUCUUCGCUGGAAUUUGGGCCAAGCUCGUGUCUGGACUUUGUGUCAGAGGUGCCACACUCCCCACCUUCGCAGGCCGAAGUUGCUCAGUGGUUCGCUGCCAUGGUACAGUGAGUCGUCCUUGAGGUGUUGCGUGUACUCAAAAGAAUGACGGAAGUCUGACGGAAGUCAACCCUGCAGUUACAUUUGGUUCAAUCGACCGGAUGUGCAAGACGAGACUACCUCCAGCAGCCAGGGAGAAUGUCUACGUCUGCACCCUUCCCCAGCGUUCGUCGCAUUCGUACGUGAAACGCUCAACACCACUCAAUUGAGCAACGCUGUUAUUCUCCUCGCCUUGUGAGUCCGAACAAUUUCGCACUUGGUGCUUGCACUGCGUUUAACACUCCCAACGCCUCAUUAGGCUCUACAUCCGAAGAGUGCGCUCGCAGCAUGGCCAAGUCCCCGGCUGGGAAGGGGCAGAGUAUCGCCUUGCGAUUAGCGCUCUGAUGCUCGCCAACAAGAUGCACGAAGACAGCAGCUAUACAUCGUAAGUUCUCUAUCCUGGAUGACGCUGACGUUGUCCGUCAUACCUUUCUGACAAAAAAAACCUAACCCACAACAGAGCCACCUGGUCCGACAUUGUCAAAAUACCAGUGAAGGAGCUCAAUCAGAUGGAGGUCGAGCUUUGGCUUGCAGUCCCAUCCAUGUGGACCUCGUCGGAUCAGUACUUCGACUGGGUCGCUGAGGUAACGGCUUUGUCACAUUCGCGCGAGUACGAGUUGCAAAUCUUUGAGCAACGACGAGCCUUUGGUCACGCUUCGAUGUGGUCCAUCGGCGCUGCACCGUCUGGAUGCGCUACUGCUCGCCGACGAGGUGUUCGUCGAACGUCUCCCCGACUUUUCGCCAGGCACAGCCUAGGCAACAUCUUCGAAUCCGUCAGCCCCGCAGGUGCCAAGGGUCCUUUGGAAGUCUCGGGGGAAACCGUUAUGAGGCGUGACGAUGCAUCCCAGAUCCUCGAUUGGACCUUUGGCUCGCUUCAUGGACCGACACAACAGCCAGCUUCCAGUAUCUCGAUCGCCUCAUCCGCGGAUCUCACUCCCGCAAGGCCGAGUCCUUUGCGUUUUUCUGACUCGUGGCGAGCAUCCGAAGACCCCACCUCUACAGUGCGGCCGACCUCGCAGCAACUCGAGACGCCUGGCAUGGGAGUGGGGGUAGGCGCGAAGCGUGCCUUUGACGGCUCCGGAGAGGUGUUGUCUGAACCAGCUGCCAGGCGUCGCAGACGCAAUGAUCAACACGACCAUGACGCUUCAUUCUGGAUAGCACAGUCAAACAGCCUACCCAGCCAGUUAGGGGUGGCGCCCUCUGUUGUAGGCAGUCGCCCCUCAAUCGCACAACCAGGCUCCGUGCUCUCGAUGCAAGAGUCGCAUGGACACGGCACAGGGCCAUCACGUCAGCGCUCGACAUUUGAAGGGGCUUUGACGCCUGACGUGCUCAUCGCACCCUACGCUGGCCCGUACAGGGCAGAGGCUCCUCAAGUUUUGGGCGUCGAGCAUGGACGAAGCCACUCUGCUAACACUGCACCUCUCCACUAUUGGUCCUUGGCUGCUGGACAUGCGUAUGGGCGCGCGAAUCAAUACCUCCUUCCGCCGAUCCCCGGUGCUCAUCAAUAUGUGCCUCCUGCCACCGUCAACUUGCGACGAGCAGAGCAUACUCCAUCGCCGUUGGCGAUCCAUGAGCCGCACGUGGAAACAAGCCAUUUCAGGCACGUUCCAGCCAUUACGUCUACUCCCUACCCUACACCCUCGAGGAGCAGGAAAGUCUCGCGACACGCUUCGUCAAGCAAUGAUGAGCGACAAGAUUCUGUCAGUCCGAGCGCAAAUGUGCUCCACUAUCCACAGAGCGCGCAAAUCCGGCACAUGGGCCCCACACACGGUGGACCUGCCCAGUCUUUCGUGGCCGGCCCCAGCAUGCUCGACAAAUUUUCUAAGCUUCCCGUGACUCAAAGCUGCGACGAGCUGCAUGAUGCUGGUGCUCCUCAACAUUCACUUCAGCUGCCCUCUUCUGUGGCCUGGACACCGGCUCCUCAGUGCGGCCAGCACGACUCCUACCGGCCAUUCGUGGCCAACACUCACGACUGGCCCAUCACGCGAUCCAGACUUGGCCCCUAUCCCGCUGAUGCUGAUUCGUACCAAAAGCCAGCUUUUAAAGGGUAA